AUGGCCGGACGAGAGAAGGCCGGACGAGAGAAGGCCGGACGAGAGAAGGCCGGACGAGAGAAGGCCGGACGAGAGAAGGCCGGACGAGAAAUGGCCGGACGAGAAAUGGCCGGACGAGAAAUGGCCGGACGAGAGAAGACCGGACGAGAGAAGGCCGGACGAGAGAAGGCCGGACGAGAGAAGGCCGGACGAGAGAAGGCCGGACGAGAGAAGGCCGGACGAGAGAAGACCGGACGAGAGAAGACCGGACGAGAGAAGACCGGACGAGAGAAGACCGGACGAGAGAAGACCGGACGAGAGAAGACCGGACGAGAGAAGACCGGACGAGAGAAGACCGGACGAGAGAAGACCGGACGAGAGAAGACCGGACGAGAGAGGGCCGAACGAGAGUGGGCCGGACAAGAGUGGGCCGGACGAGAGUGGGCCGCACGAGAGAAGGAAAACCGAUUUUCAAAUGACCUAAAAGUCUGA